AUGCUGGAUGUGCCCUCAUCGCCCGUGAACAGGGAAAGAUCUCAGUGGCAAACGAUGCUAGCAUCCGUGCUGCAGGGGGAAGUCAUUCGGUCAGAACAGCGCCGGAUUAGCGGAACAUUGACGCAAAAGCAACAAUUAGAUCAGCGAUAUCAGACCUGGUUAGGGAUCAGGGCAUACCUUCGGGGACGAUCAGUACCUGAAGAAAGGCAGAGGAUUGAUGAAAGACGAGUCGACGCUGAGGCUGUUCUCGACGAGGUGCUGAAGUUUGAGGUGCAGAAGGAUUCUCCCAAGUCACCGUACGAUCAGGUCGUCGACAUCUUGACGAAGGUUGAUAAGAUCGAGUCGCUGUACCCGUCGCGGAACGCCCUGAUCUUGGAUAAGCCCCUGUAUGCUGGCUCGCCGUUUCAACAUAAGAUGGAAGCUCUAAACUCCUGGUUGACCAUCAGCAACUCGCUCCGAUCUCAGCUGAAAGUUCUCAAGAAUUGGGCGGGAAGUGAGGAUCUGCUGAUCUCCCGAUCUCAGCAUCCUCUUUCCCCUGAUAAGCGUAUCGAAACGACCUUCAUCGAGCGGAUUCUGAAAGACGGAAUAAAGAAAACGUUCGAGAUUCAGAUCAUGGCUUUCUUACGCGGUCUGCUAGCGAAAUCGAAAGCUGGGAUGAUUGAAAACGCGCUCGUCUUCAAAAAGAUGCAGCUGCCGACAUACAUCAACGAGCUACAACAACUGGCUUCUUUCCCUUCCAACUUGAUGGAGGAAAUUCUGAAAGUGCAGGUGGAGACGCAUAGUCAGACAGCCACAAAGCACAGUGGAACUGUGCUGGACGAUCUCAUAGAGUCUUUCGGAGUCAGCUUGCAGUUGGCGGUUAGGAUCAAGCACGAAUGUGAGGACUUGGACACCCGUGCCGACGGUUGGAGUUUAGCCAACAGUUUGAGUCCGUCAUACGAUGUGAUUCUGUUGAAAUCCCUAAAAUGCUACUUCACACUCCUCAACUGGCGACUAAAGUCGACGACGGACACCUCAUUCUUUAAGGAGGCGGAGAUGUUGGAGAAUGAGUGGAACUUCAUGUCCAAUCUCUGCUUCUUCAUUCAGGGCGGAGACGUGGAGACCGCCGUACAAUUCUGUCAACUCGAGGCGGAACUCCUGAGGAAAGUCUUGAAUUACCUGCAGAAGGGAAUGGACGGGCUUGGGGACCCUUGCGUAGCGGAUGGGAACUUUGCGAUGGGCGGUAGUGGUCUUGUGAAGUGGUAUGCGAGAAUGUGGGACAACGUGAAAAGUCGCGCUGGCAAGUUGCUCCAAUUCCAAAAGAUGCUUGUCCGAGAAUUCGAGAAUGCUGCCGAAUAUACCUCGGACGUGCCAUCGCCAGUCCUCCUGCGCAACUUCCUACAUGCCGGAUACUCGCUAGUGCGAACAGACGCAUACGCCAAUCAAGGCCUGUACAUUCUGGCAUCGCCCUCGUUGCACAAUCGACCAGAAUGCGUGUCCAGAUUGCUCAGAGGAUGCUUCGCCCGAUAUGAACCGUUCCCUUCGUCCAUCGGCAAAGGGUACAUCAUAAUAUUGCCCGUUAGCGAUCGUGUCAGAGGAUCAUCGGGGAUGAAUUGGCAGGGACGCUCGAUGCACGUCCGCAUUGGCAAGCAGAUCCGACCGAUAUCCCUGAAGUCGGAUCGGUUCCGAUUAGUCGCCGACACGUUAGAGCAUCUUGAUGUUUGCAAGACGCUGUUCGAAGAAAACAUCAACUGCAAAGUGAAGGCCGUCAAAUUGCGUCGUGCGCACGUUCAAAGCGUACACGAUGCGUUGAAGAAUACCAAGGGCGCACUGGUGACAUUGACGGAAGGGAUUAUCAGCAGUGUCAAAACCGUCCGGGAUGCCAUCAACCGGGGCGUUCAUACGGCUGCGGACCUCAUUGAAGACAUGUUCACGUUUGCUUCUGGAUUCGGGCUGAAAGCGCUAAAAUACGUUGGCAAUCGCAAGAAGUACGACUUCAUGAUGAAGAAUUUGGUCAAACUCUCAGUGGAUUGGGUCGACUUUUGUGCUGCGAACUGCUCGCUACCAGCUGCUAGCGUUCAGCACAAGACUUUCAAGUGGAACCUGCGGGCCUUGUAUUUCGCUAUGAAUGCCACCAGCGGUACUACGAUUUAUCUCCUUGCAGAUGACGAGUUUGAGGAAUUGAAGCGUGGAGUUGGAAGAUGUAUGCGCGUCCUCAUUAAGGGUUUCGAGCAAGGCGGGAGUAUCAGCAUUGCCGGCGUGACCGCCACAACCCCGGAGGAGGCCGUAAAUGCCCUUGUCGCAAACGCCGCCCGUAGCGCAUCGAAACUAUCCUCGCCCCACCCACCGGAAGCUGCACCAAAGUCUGCUGAUUCCAGUAAGGGCUCAGACAUGAACCUUGCAGGCGCUGCUGGGGUCAUCCGAAAACAAGGCGCAUGGAUGUCCGCCAUCGAGAAACUCGAAGAGGACCGUGAAAUGCGUCAAUUGACAAACAGGAUGAUCGGCAAAGUCCUCGACAGCAGCAACAUCGUCGACAGGAACCUGAGCUAUUUAGCGUCGACUUCCAGUUCGAUCUCGUUCAGAUGGCAGCAGGGCAAAUUCCUCGGCGGUGGUUCAUUCGGUUCCGUUUACAUGGCUAUCAAUCUCGAGACGGCGGAUCUUAUGGCCGUCAAGGAGAUUCGGUUCACCGACGUUACGUCCCUCGAGACUGUGCAACGCGCCAUCAAGGACGAGAUGAAUGUGUUACAGUUAUUGCAUCAUCCCAACAUCAUUGAGUACUAUGGCGUCGAGGUGCAUCGCGACAAACUGUACAUAUUCAUGGAAUACUGCCCGCAGUCGAUUGCGCAGUUGAUUGACCACGGAGGUCGGUUCAACGAUGAACGAGCGACGAAAGUUUAUGCGAAGCAGCUGUUAAGAGGUGUUGAAUACCUGCACAACAAGGGGAUAGUGCACAGAGAUAUCAAACCUGCAAAUACACUUCUCGGCCAAGAGGGUCAGAUAAAGUACGUUGAUUUUGGCGCUUCCAAAAUCUACAAAACGCAAAAAACCGUCGUCGUGAACGGCGAAGCCAACACUCUGGUCGGCACUCCGCAUUACAUCGCUCCGGAAGUCAUCACAGGCGAAAGCCUGGGACGACAUGGGGCUCAGGACAUCUGGUCCAUGGGAUGUUGUGUGCUGGAAAUGGUCACGGGACGCAAACCGUGGAGCGGGCUGGACAACGAGUGGGCUGUCAUGUACCAUAUCGGAAUUGCGAACAAGAUGCCCCCAUUGCCCGAGCCUCACGAGCUGAGCGAGGAGGGGAUUGAUUUCUUGACAAAGUGCUUUACGAGGCCCGCGUCGCAGCGACCCUCGGCCAAGGAGCUUCUCGAGCACUCCUGGGUUAAGGAC